UUAGAAACCAGAGGGGUUUGCCGCGCGCCACCCACAGCCCWUCAUUUGACUGGAGUCAGCUCAGCCCCCGUCGGAGCUGUGCGUAAAAGCGAAGCUGCAAGACGCGUCAGGCGGUGCCAUGGCAUCCUCAGCGUGCAAAGUCCACAGCAACACCCACGGAAUAACUUCUUUCUUUCCCUUUUUCCUACACGGAUGUUUGUGUUUCGAUGGCAGCUAUUUCUAAGACAGAAAAAGAAAAAGACUACCAUAAUCUGAAGUAGGACGGUGGAUCAGCCCUUUUCUUCUCCAUCGACUCCGCUGCGCCGAGGAACGAUGCUAAGAAAAACAACGGGAGGAUUUUCCACCUCAGUGUGUAAUGGAAUUCCUUGUUAUCUGGACUGUGGCUCGCCCAGGAGGAUGUGGACACGCAGUGGAGAAGAGUCUGUGUCUUGUCUGUGUGUGUGAGUGUGUGAGUGUGUGCAGGUUCAGAUUCAUCCACCAGCCCACAUUAGUCAUGCUUCUCCACAGCAAAUAACUGUGAAAUCYACUGCAGCUGCACGAGGUUUUGCCCUCAGGGGGUCAGAGUUCGCAGAGGUCUACGGUAGAUCUUCUCUGGCCCCUCUUCCAGACUGCCAGAAACUUUUCGGACUCCAUCUUUUGAUCCACUGAACGUUUGAUCCAGUCYUCAAGUCAUGGAGAGCCUCAGCGAGCUCCAAAACCCCCUGCUAGAUAAAACCAGCAGACACACGGUUCAAAACGACUACCAGGGAUACCAAUGCGACUACCCAAGCCAGMCGUAUCAAGACAGUCUAAUCAGUUACUACUACACUGGGACCAGCAGCAAACACAAGACCCCGCAGUUCUUGGACGCAACCUCUCUUCAGCUUGCCGUCGAAGCGUUUUACAGGCCCAACUUCAUCCUGUUCAAGGACAACGUCAGCCUUCACAGCAAGGAUUCAAAGAGCGAGAGCUUUGAGACUACUUUCACAGAGAAUAAGGAAGCCGUUUCAGAUGGGGCGUCGACAGAAAACACCAGGGAGAGCGCCCAAGAGGAGAAAGAUGUGAAGAUCCAGACGGUGUCGYACGACGUGGAGGAGGAGCACUGUCCUGAGUAUGAGAGUGACAGCUCCAGCGACAGCGAAAGUGAGGACAACUUCAUUGUCCUGCCCCCUCGGGACUACCUGGGCCUGGCCAUCUUCUCCAUGCUCUGCUGCUUCUGGCCACUGGGCAUCGUUGCCUUUUACUACUCUCACAAGACUGGCAAGGCCAUCGCUAAGGGAGACUUCUCCAGAGCGGGGAUGAGCUCCAGAAGAGCCCUGUUCCUGGCUGCACUGGCCAUCACCAUCGGRACAGGGAUGUAUGUGGGGGUGGUUGUUGCCCUCAUAGCCUACCUGUCCAAACCGGGACAUGUAUAGCACCGGGACCAAUCGUUUGAGGGGGUAAUGAAGGUAAGCAAGCGGCAAGAUGGGAGGAAAGGAAAGAGUGGACAGAUCAUUUUGCCUCUCAUCAACCUGCGUGACUGGCUAGAUGCAACGAAAAAGGAACACAAACCAGAGAGCAUAAAAGAUGAAAAAAAGUGUGGAUGUAGUAUUUAACCACACAAUGAUCCAAACUGAACAGUUUUUUUCUGGUUUGCAGCACAACCAUCAGAGGAACAAAAGAGCUGGAAAAGGAACUACAUUGUUUAAUAAGACAUCUGUUCACAGACUAUGCUUAACAGUAGAAAACUACCAAACAUUAACACCUUAGUAAAUCCAAAACAACCUAAUUUGAGCUUCAGAAAAGAUGUUUUAUCUAUCUGUAAUUCUGUAGAUGGUGUAUUGGUCACAUUGUCAAUAAAUUUCUUGCAUAAAAAAACAGUCAGCCAGUCAAGUUUUAUGYGACCGAUUCUUGAGAAAUAAAGUGGAAAGCGAUUGCUUCAGUAAAAAGGGAGGAAAAGGUUCUUGACAAAAAGAACAAAAGGUGUUGAGAGAGGAGCUAUAAAGCUGCCGAGCAGUGGACAGGAGCAUUAUUGGUGUUUUUUGUGUACUGUAYAUUCAGUCAAUAAAUGCAUUUGGCAUGAGUAAUGAAACACCUCACAAUGUCUCACACUCACUUGUUGUUUGGAGAGAUGUUUCAGUUGGAUGAUGCUCAAGAAAAAGAAGCCAAAAAAUGGAGGUGGGGGAUUUGAUUUAAUUUGAUUUGAUUUGCAACUUAUUUUUAGGAGGAAGAACAAAAAAAGCCAAAUAUUCCAAAUAAUCAGUGUGGAGAUUUAGUGCUGAGCUGAUUAUCAGCUGAAUUCAGCUGCAGCAACGAAUGUUUUGAAAGAAAAAGCAUGACUCAUUGGUAAAGUAAAACCGGUCUAAUUUUGUAAAGAACGGCUCAGUUCUAUUUCUGUCAACCCAAACAGGGAGACAAACAACACUUCAACKGGCUUAGCUUGAUUUUAAAAACGGCUGAUUUUAUUCCACCUCUUUGUUUUAUUUCCUGGUAAACAAAUCAAAAUAUGAAAUGUCUCACUUUAGAAAAUCAUAUUUGUUUCAUGACAAGUAUCACUUUUUCUAAUAAGAAGUGUGAGGAGAACCUUUUAUCUGGGUGGCUCCAACAAAAUGACACACUUUUAAUGCUAAAUUAGUUUUGACAAAUGUGUUAAAAGCAAACGGUUGCAAAGCCAAUCAAAUGGAGAUAGGUGACAAAACAAGUCACUUUAUAUGGAAGGAAAUGCUGAAAAUUGUAAUUCAAAUACUGAUACACAAAUCAUUAUUUCCUGACACCCCCCCCCCCCCCCAAAAAAAAAAAUAGGUUAUUCUGAUUUAAAUGAGCAGGUAUUAUGCUUGUUAACAGACUGCUACGCAGGCCUAGUUAAAGUACCCGUAACAACAAAUUUUUGUAAUAAAUAUGAAUGCAUUUUUGGAAAGAUAACAUUAACAACAUAUUGCAAAUAACAUUUCAUAUCGCUGAGAUGAACAGUUGUUGAGAUAUUUAUAUGUGAAAUAACAGGAAGUGAUGUCAAAGGGGAAUGUCUGCAUGCGAACAGAGCAUUGUGACCARCAACACAGACUGUGAAGAAUUUGAUGUUUUUAGAUGAUUUUUUGAGUCCCUAUCAGAGAGAUGAAGAAGAGUUAGAGUUCAAAUAAUGUUGUUUUAAUAAACAAAAACCUGUGAGCUCCUUUUCUUAAAGKGUUCCCCCUUUGAUGUCACUUCCUGUUUCACUUUGGUUGAGCCGAGUUCAAGAAGAAAUCUGCCAGUUCUGUGAUGAAAUGAGUAAAAUUGUGUGUUUUUAUGUAAAGUUUCUUAAACAUAAAGAUGUUUUCUUUGA